AUGAAGCGUAGCGUUGUCAUCGUUUUCUUCGCACUAAUGCUGGUGGGAGUGGAGUGCACCUCAUUGCCAGGCAUCGCAGAACUGCAUAGUUGGUUGCGUUUGGACCCCAAUGUCUCUGUUGAGGCCUUGGAAACCAGAUUGGAAGGUUUUGACGAUAAUAAUGUUUGGCAAUCCACUGAUAGCAAUGGAAACACGUUGGUCCAUUCAGCCUGCUUCAAUCCAGCAAUGCCUGUCGACGUCGUGGCCUUCCUGGUGGAUGGCUAUCCCGAUGCAAUAUCCAGGACAAACUCGCCAGAUGAUCUAACCCCAAUGCAAGCCGCCAUUCGUACUGGAAAAUCCACCAAAGACGACGUGGCCUUCUACCUCCUCUUCAAGUUUCCCUCCCUGGCAGAGGUCGUCAGCUCGAGGUACGGGACUCUCUUGCACUUUUGCUGCAACAGUCCUUGUACUCCCAAGUUGGCGGAGCACAUAAUCGAGCUUUACCCGAACGCUCUGAGCAUGAGUGAUAGGCACUCUAAUUUACCUCUCCUCAGCGCGGCUCGACGAAUGCCUUUGGAAACUGUGCAACUCAUGGCGGAAAUUUAUCCAUCGGCUUUGCGUUUUGAAAAUAGAAACAGUGUCACCUUGCUCCAGGGUAUGACUCUAUGGGAUCAUUCCAACCUGAGCUGUCGGACGGUGCAAGUGGCGGCUUUCUUGAUUGAAGAGUAUCCUGAAGCACUAUCCAAUCCAAGCUGGAGGGGGUGGAUCCCAUUGAACAAUGCGCUGCAGUCACUAAAGCCAAUCCAUCUGGAACCUCGUGCAGAAGACGUGACAGAAGGAGCCGCAGUCGAGGCAUUUGUGGACCUCAUUCGACUCUUGGUGAACCAUUACCCAGUGCCUCUGUUUCGGGGAUACAGUGGGACGUCACAAGACGAUACCGGGAUGACUCCUCUGCAUUUAGCGGUUGACCGACAAGUCCCGUUGGAGGCCAUACGCGUACUGAUUGACGCUGCCCCCAUGGCACUCCGUUUGAAAGACGCAAGGAAUCGGACACCUCUUGAGCUGGGUAUUGCAAAGGGCGUUUCUCAGGACAUUGAGCAACUGCUUUCUAAUCGCAGUGAAUGGCUUGAUACGACCUUUGGGGGCAAUCAGCGGUGCAAUGCCACCGGUGUGGUGGGAGAAGAAUAA